AUGGCACAAUCGUAAGACAUGCUUCUGCACCUGCACCUGCGCCUGCGCCUGCACCUGCACCUGCUCCUGCUCCUGCUCCUGCUCAGGCGCAGAAUCGCUGUUCUGGACACCCCCCUCAUACUGACUGCGCACAGCGUCGGCUCCUUCUUCCAGUCGUUCUGGCACACAAUGACGUCCAACGACCGCCAUGCCUCGCACGACUCCCCCUACCGCACCGGGCGCCACAUUCCCAUCCCGCAGAGCCGUCACAGCGCCCUCACCUCCAUUGCCACGAGCGGCGUCGACUCGCGCGUCGACCUCUCCUCCUCGUACGCACACGACGACAUUGCGACCAGCAACGGCUUCAUUGGCUCGCCCAAGGGCCCCAUGUCGCCGAGCUCCCCCUACUCGCCUGGAAUGCGCGGUUCACUGAGCCGCCAGGCCACGGCCGACGCAGACACGUUCGACAAGGGCCCCAACGGCGAGAUCCAGAUGCAGAACUUCAACGAGGGCCUACCUCCCCCGCCGCCCGUCUCGCACUCGUGGAAGCGCAUUGACCGCUGGGUGGAGGACCACUACGAGGAGCUCUUCGACAACAUCUGCGAGGGCGCCACCGCAAACGACGUCAACGAGCUGGAGCACGACCUCGACGCAACCCUUCCGAUGGACAUCCGCGAGUCGUUGCAGGUCCACGACGGUCAGGAGCGUGGUGGCCUGCCCACUGGUGUGCUGUUUGGCCUGAUGUUGCUCGACUGCGAGGAGAUUGUCAUGGAGUGGAAGAACUGGCGCAAGGUCGCUGAAGAGUACCUCACCUCCAAGCCUGAUUACCGAUCGCCCCAAAUCCCUGUCAAGGCCUUUGCUGGCUCUUCUACAGCCGCCCCCAUCGCCCAGCCCCAGACGACCGGCAACCCGCUUUGGCGACAAGACUUGCAGGCUCGCCAGGACUCGCAGCCACCAAACGCUAUCCAGAAGGCUUACGCACACCCUGCCUGGAUUCCCCUUGCUCGCGACUGGGGAGGCAACUACCUCGCUACCGAUCUUGCUCCUGGUCCCACGGGAACAUGGGGUCAGAUCAUCAUCUUUGGGCGAGACUACGACUGCAAGUUUGUCGUUGCGCGCUCAUGGGCUGCCCUCGUUGCCAUGAUUGCCGACGACAUGGCCUCGAACGACGUCCACAUCGACGAGGAAAGCGGCGAGCUCAAGCUCCUUACUUUCAAGAAGCAGAACGUCGAGCCACCAUACCUCGAGAUCCUGCGUUGGCGGUGCGACCAGAAGUAUGGCCGAAGGCCAGUGAACAAGCGACGACCAAACAGCGGCCUGCGCAUCAACCCCAACGCUCCAGGAAGUGUCGUGCCCAGCUCCACCGCCAGCAGUCCCUACCACAGCCCUGUCAUCGGCCCUCAAGAUCGUGGUCGCAGCCCUCACCGUUUGUCGACAAAGCAGAAGGGUGUCAGCCCGCGAGGCAAGCUAUCGAGCCCCCUCGCCAGAGUCGCCGAAGAGAAUGCACAGCCCAUUCGCGUGCACACCGACCUCGAUGCGAAGACUGCUACCUCCGCGGACAAGCUCAUCUCAGUCGACACCCCGAGGCCGAGCGAUGACUUUCCUGUACGCGCCAGCCUGAGCAGUGACAAGGAGAACAAGAAGGAGGGCUCAGAAGAAAAGACAAAGCCCGCUUCGUUGAAGAGCCCCAUCGCGGAGACUGCAGACUUGAAGACGGUCGAGAUAUAG